AUAAGCAUUUAAUAUAGAAUGGAGUGUAAUAUUGAUGAUUUACCAGAUGUUGUAUUAGAAUACAUUUUAAGUUUAAUUCCACCAUAUAAAAAUCUUCAGGAAUGUAAACUUGUAUCCAAAAGAUGGUUCCGUGCUACCAAAAAUGUAAUACAACACAAUAAAGCACAUUUUCAUAAGUCUGUAGCUUAUGGAUCAUUGCUUUGGAGUCCAUGGCCAUCCAAGCAUUGGAUGCCUACUAUUGCAAAAAGACAUUCGCAUUCUGCUUGUACAUAUGAAAAUUCUAUGUAUGUAUUUGGUGGAUGUACUGCAACAUGUACAACAUUCAAUGAUUUAUGGAGAUUGGAUUUGGAUACACGAAAAUGGAUCAGAUUAAUCACAAUGGGAACAUAUCCAUCUCCUAAAGCUUGUGCUACUAUGUUAUAUUAUAAAAAAAGUUUCAUUUUAUUUGGAGGAUGGUCUCAUCCAGCAUUAUACUCUGUACAUCAGCAAUCAAAAUUAUUCAAUGAAUUACAUGUAUAUUCUAUAGAAUCCAAUAAAUGGAUUGCUAUAAAUACCUUGGAAACACCUCCACCCACUUCAGCACAUUCUGCUUCAAUUCAUAAAAAUUAUAUGAUUGUUUUUGGUGGUAUAUGUAAUGGAUAUAGAUCCAAUGACGUAUGGUGUUUGAAUCUGGAUUCCUAUAGUUGGCAUAAGCAACCUACUUCAAAUUUAAAACCACAACCACGUUAUGGUCAAUCUCAAAUAGAGCUUGGAGACAAACAUCUUCUUGUAUUAGGAGGCUGCACUGGACCUAAUGUUGCUAUGAAUGAUGCCUGGUUAUUAAAAAUGGAAGGUACAGUAUGGACAUGGAAAAAAGUAAAUAUGCACAAUACAGAAUGGGCUCCAACACGCAUUUGGUGUCAUCAAGCUUGUAAGGUGGGAAAUCAUAUUAUUGUUCUUAGCAUUAAUAAAUGUCAGAAUAAGCCAAAUGAUAUGAGUAUAUCGCUCAAAAAGGUCACUUGUCAAGCAGCAUCUUCAACGAGAACAAAUAAUUCAUCUCCAUUACAUGGAAGACAAGGAAGCGUAUCUCAUAUUGAUAGAGAUGUAAACAUUAAUGGACGACAUGGUUCGUUUUCCGAAAUAUCUAUACAAAAUCCACGCCCUCCGCAUCAUCCUCCUAAUUUUACAAAGAAUUUAACAUUAUGUUAUGAUAAUAUGUUAAGUAUGACAGCUUUUCGUAAUGAACCAGUGCGUUAUGACAUUAAUAGUCAUCGACAACGACAAUUAGAAUCUCUUCGUAGAAUGGAAGAAAGUAUUAGAAAUCGAAGAGCACAAUCGAAGCCUGCAAAAAAGACAAAAAAUACUUUGUCCAUAUUUGUAUUAGACAUCACGAAUGUCUUAUGCGAAGAAUGUAGUGCUUCGUGGAUUCCUUUAAAACAUAAUGAUCAAUCGGGUCCCAAUGAAAGAAUACUUUAUUCGCUCGUAGCUGGUCGCGGUGAAUUAAUAGUAUUUGGAGGUAUUGGCAAAGAACAAGCAUCUAUACAAAAUCAUCCUGAUAUGGAUGAGCCUGAAGUUUAUAAUGAUCUCCAUUUUAUAAAUCCACCAAGAUAUAUUAUUUAAUAUCUUGUAGCAACAAAUAAUACAUUUCUAUGUUUAAUUAAGAAUAGUUUAAUUCUGUUAGCCUUGAUUCUAUUAUAAAUUAUUUACUAAAAAUUAAUUUAACUGGAAAGUAAAAAAGUGAUAUUAUUAAAAAAUUGUGAGAAAAUUUUAUGAUAAAUAAUUUUAAAGUAUUAAUUUUAUUUUUGUCAAAAAAAAAAAAUCAUCUAGAAAAGUUAAUUUUUUGACCAGAAAUAAUUAUUAUAGUUGUACAAACAAUGUAUAUCAAUUAUAAAAUCUUAUCAUUUCAUUGCAAGUUUUAUUAUUUACAUAUUUUCCAAAUGAUAUAAUUUAUAUGUUAAUCAUCAUCAUCAAUUGUUUUUAAACUACUGAACACUUGUGACGGAAUAGUUUGUUUUUCAAUAGGUAUAUCUGAAACGAAAAACACAUAUACAAAAAUAGAAUAUUAAAUAUAUGUGUCGCAAUUAAAGUUCUUUAAAGCAAUUUGUAAACAUAUUACACAUGAUAAAGAGUAAUAAAAAUUUUAAUGUGUUA